GCAAAAUUAGUUUGAAUACAAAAUACAAUUUCACCACUAGAUGGGAGUAAUUCCUACUUAGUGUCCCUUUAAACUAAACCUAAAUUAAAAAAUGCAAAUAUCGGUGAUUGCAACAACAACACACCAGCAUUGAGAAGCGUAUGUGUAAGGAGUUAUGAGAUUAAGCAGCAUCUUUAGAUUAAGAGUACAAAUAUAUUUUUAUCGGUUAUAAUAACUUCUGGAGAAAAGUAGUGCAGACACUGGACUAAGAUGCACCUAUGUUUGCGUUAUCUAUCAAAUGGAGUUUACUUUUAAAGGCUGUGCAUUGGACUGUACGCAUACGCUAACGUACACAUAUAAAAACGAAGCAUACUGUAUACUUUGGGCUUAAAAGUUUAUUUUUAGCUCAACUAAUAUCAUGAGUGGAGCAAGAGUUAGAAUAUUGCCGUGUUAGUUCACACCUAAAUAAAAAAUACUGUCAUCAUUUACCCACGUUCAUGUAUUAUCACUGAUUAACCAAAUCUGUUUGGUUACCAACAUUCUUUAAAAGAUCUUCUUGUGUGUUCCGCAGGAAAAAAAGGUUUUGGAGUUACAUAAAGGUGAGUAGAUGAUGACAGAAUUCUCAUGUUUGGGUGAACUAUGCCUGUGUUCGAUAGGACCAUGUGCUUGUACUUGCAUAGACUGUUUCUGACCUCACUGAGUUUGCAAGAGGAAGAGUUUUUCAAGAAAUGGUGACCACUGAAACAAUCAUAAAAAAAAAAAAAAAAAGUGUUCUUGCGCUUUGACGUGCCUAAAGAAGUUUUGCUUGGAAAUGGAAUAUAGAGUAUAGAGCAGUGUCAGUCUUUCAGAAAUUGAAGACACUAACUGUGUGUUAAUUUUCAUUUUCUGUAGAGCCUCUGGUGUUCAGCAGCUAUGUACUAUUUCAUGCAGAACACAAUGUCAUACAAGUCACACUUAUUUUUACAGGCCCUCAUAUAAACUAUGCCUGUUAUACUUGAUACUGGACCCCCCCCCACCCCCAUCGUGCAUUUUCUAAUAUAAAUAUUUUAGUUAAUGUGAUUUGUGCUUUCAGCUACUAAUAUGAUUGACGUACUCUUAGCUCUGUUAAACAUUUACCAUUGUGAAUCCAUUUUACAGAUUCCAAGCAAAUUCUCUCUGUGUGUCUUGAAAUCUAAAAUCUAAAAUCACUCACCUUGCAUAUGACAUCAGAGAUCUGUCAACUUAAUGUUAAAAGGGAAGGUUUUAAAAUUGCAAUACUUUUACAAUUUCUUAUUUCAUGGGAAGGGUUCUGAAAUGAUAACAGUUGCCAGUUAUCACUGAUUAAACGUAUAGUUUUAUUAUAUGUGCCACACGACAUAUCCAAUCAAACAAAACUGAAGAAAAGUUAGUUUACAUUCCAGAACCUCAGCAUUUUUGGCUGCUAUUUGGCAUUUGUCAAUCAAAUCAGAGUUUUACAUGUUAUAGAGUUCAUAAAAAAAGAAUAAUACCUAUUUUAAAAAAGCAUGCAGCUAAUUCCCUUCAGAGACUGGAACAUUAAGUUACACAGUCGUCUUCCUUCUCCGCCUGUACAAUGCUGUAAUAUAGCUUCCACUUCCCAUAGAAGGCCAACUCUUUGCAUGAGCUACAGAAAAAUAACAAAACGCUGCCAUGUACAAUAAACACAGCUUAAGUUUUCAUAUACCAGGAGUUUAUAACCUGAUAAGUACUGUCAGCUUGUAAAUAGGGACUCCAUGUUUGUUUUUCUCUUAACCUCAUUACCCAUUUUUAACUUUAUAUCAGCACUUACAGAGAGACAGUUUGAAUACUUACUCAAUCCUCAACUGGUUUAUAUGCGUUUAUGUGUUUUGAGGAUGUGAUCUGGUUGGUGAUUUACCAGAGCAUGUGGGAUAGCAGCAUAUGGCAUCAGAAAAACCCUAAUAUUUUCUAACAGUAAGAAAUAUUGGGAUUAGAGAAAAUCCAUACGUAGCAAGAUUUAUUUAUUGAUUUAUUUGAAUUAGUAAUAUAGCAUCGCUUUAGUCAGACACUAAUUACAGUUGCAAUCAUAGCCUUGUAUAAUAUAUAGUCAGUUAUUGGUAUCAAUGGGUCAGAUUUAAGACACUAUCUGGCUAAUCACCUUAAAACACAGCUGUUUUCUAUCAUAACGGCAAUAAAUUCUUUGGCUGAAAGAAAUUACAAGCAGUUUUCACUGGAGACAAAUUUUAAUUUUAUCAAUUUGCUGUUAAAUAACAAAGAAAAAAGUGCAGAAUUGUCCAUCUAUUUAUUGAUUAGUAAAAUACCGUUUACUAUACUGGUUUUAUCCCAUACAAAACAGACUAUUCUAAUUAAAUGAACAUGUCACUGAGGUUGUUGUUCUUUGCUUGUUGGAUAUCUACCUAUUUUAUUCCAUGCAUUUUGUCAGUAUAUCGAACACUGAAACUGCACAGUAUUGUUUUGACAAUGGACUGAAAGUUAAUCUGUAGUAGUAGCUAAAAAUUAAACAUAUCAAUUUUAACAUUACAUUUUCUGUUACUGCAUAUUGUUGUUCAAAAUUUGUGAAGUGAAAUGUACAGUGUACAAAAGAAUGUUAUGGGGUGGGACAUUGUACAUUAAUGUAAUUAUUUGUGUUAUUUUUAUUUGUAUCAUAAAUGCCUGUGUACAGUGUUAUUUUUUUUUCGUUUAGUUUUUUUUUUUCAGUUGUAAUUAUUUUGUAUUUUAUUUUUAUAAACUUGCUACGAAUAAAAUUUUCAUUCAGCAUGCCAACAUGAAAAGUCUGAAUAUGUGUCGGACUUUUAUUUUGUAAACGUGACGUAAAGCGGUUUUUUGUGUGUGUUGUUGAUACUUUGUUGGUUGUUGUUACCAUAGAAACCUCACUUCUGCACGCACAAUCUAAACAUCCACGAUUAGCGACAUGGACUUGACAGUGAAUUUAACCUCUCUCGGGUUUGAGGCUGGUCUCAGUGCAGAUGAGAGAGAUUUGUUAUCUCUGCGCAGUCGGUGCGCGAGCUUGACUGUCGCUGGAUGCGCGCAUGCUGUAUUUGCAUAUAAACUUCUCAGUUUAUUAAGAAAGAAGGUGAACGCUGAGAACACACAUCUGUGUGUUGGCGUAGUGGGAGCAGGACUCAUGGGCAAACAGCUGGCAACGGCUUUACUGAGCGCAUCCAGACUCGAACCUCGCCACAUCAACAUCUCAACCAGAAGACCCGAGACACUGGGAGAAUAUUCAAACAUGGGUGUUGCGUGUUACUUUGACAACAUUAGACUGGCUAAAUGGGCAGACAUGCUGUUCCUGUGUGUCUUGCCCUGUCAGCUAGCUCAAGUCUGCACAGACAUCGGCUGUCAUCUGUCUUCAGGCUGUCUGGUGUACUGCUUCACCUCAGCAGUGCCACUCAACAGGCUUGCUGUGCUCCUUAACCACAGUUCUGUUAUCAAACCUCAGUAUGAGUUUGUGGCUUGUGAUGAUGUCAGUAGAAUUUGGCUUCUUCACGAUCAGGUGACCGCAGCUUUACAGGAUAAAGAAGUGAUUUGUGCCUCAGAUCCUCUUUCAAUGAAUGGUGGCCUCUUCCUGGAUCAGAGAUGGCUAUCUGCUGUGCUCUACAGUCUCCUCAACAUGUGCACGGCUCAGAAGCUGGGCUCCGGAAAGACUCUUCGGCUGCUGAACGGGCUGUUCGAGACAAACACAUUCACUUAUCACAGUUUUGUUCAUUCACCCAGUGCAUCUGAUCUCAAUAACCCUGAUGACCUUUUCCCGUGGAUCAGUUUGGUUGGUGCACAAACUAGAGACACUCCAUUGACUGAUUUGGUGUCGAGAGAUAAAGGUUUGCGAGACUGCAUUUCAGUUAUGUACUACAAUAUAUUCUCAAACUUAGCAGAAAGAUAAGAUAUCAUUUUGUUCCGUUCAAUGAAACAGCAAUUAAACUAUGCAACAUUUAGUUUCAGUGUGUAAAUGUUUGUGUUCAUCUUGAAUCUGUUUAUCUUUAACCCGCAGGGGUUUGAAAAGUGAAGUCUAAAAUAAGUGUUAAUUAAACACAGGGGGAAAGUUAGCAUGUCAGCUGGAUCCCUUUGAGCUGCCGAGUGUUAUAUUUGUGUUUUAUCCUCUGCAGAUUUAUGCCACACGUGGCCAAAUGACUUUGAAAUGUUUCCCAGUAUAUUUGACUGUGCCGAACCAUUUACAUACACAGGAUAUAUGCUGCUAAUAAACAAAAGCACUAGAACUGGAACUACUUAACUCACAUAUGUUGUAAUGCUACC